AUGUCUAUAACGACUUACGCGUUGAGCCGCGCAUUGUGGGUGGGCUUUGUGGUGAACUUGAGGAACAAUGGCAGAUUCAGCUGUGGCGGCACCUUGGUGCAUCGACUGCAUGUGGUCACUGCGGCGCAUUGCGUGGCCGGCAUUGCCGCCAGUCGCCUUAGUGUGCAGGCUGGAGUCAGCAGUCUGAGCGAGCGCGGGCAGAUUAGACGCGUCUCCAGAUACUUUGUGCCGCCCGCUUACAACAGCAAUAGCUACAACUGGGAUGUGGCUGUGGUGCGUCUGCAAAGCGCCAUAACUGGCAUCAAUGUCGCACCGCUCUGCAGCUCCCAGUGGCGUGCGGGCGCCUUUAUGCGCGUCUCGGGCUGGGGCGCCACGCGCUAUGGCAACUCGGGCGGCACCAAUCAGCUGCGCACGGUCCAGCUGCAGAUCAUACGGCGCGACACCUGCCAGCGCCGCUACGGCAGUCGCACCAGGCUGCAGCCCUCCAACUUUUGUGCCUUCACUCGAGGUCGCGACGCCUGCACUGGCGACUCCGGCACCGGUGCCAUCUACAACAAUCAGCUGUGCGGCAUUGUGUCCGUUGGUCUGGGCUGCGCCUCGGGCAACUUUCCAGGCAUCUAUACCAGCAUCAAUGUGGCGCGCAGCUUCAUCAAUGGCAUCAUCAGAAGUUGA